AUGCUUCAGCAGCAGCAGCAACGCCAGACCGACCACGACGCCCAAUCUCGACCUAUUGUCCCAACACCCACGCUAGAAACGUUUGAAACGUUUGAAAAUUUGACGAAAAAGAUUAACGAAGCAAUCGCCACCCAUGAAUAUCUCGAAACGGUCAAGCACGCAUCCGCAGCAAUUGACAAAACGCAAGUAAUUGCCCUCAUCGAUAUUCGUGCAUACGCGUACUCUUUACAGGGUUGUUAUGAAGCAGCAUGCAUUGAUGCACAACGGAUGAUCCAUCUCGCACCGCACUUGGCAGACGGGUACAUGCGUUUGGGUCACAUUCAUACCAUGUACGGAAAGCAGCGCAGCGCCAUUGCAGCCUACAAUGACGGUUUGGAAAACGUGGCAGCAGCCGAUCAGAAACAAGGAAACGAGCAACUACAAGCUGCUAAAAGAGAAGCCGAAACGAUCAGCCAAAAACGUGUCAAUUUCGUUUCAAAGCUUCCAUUGGAGAUUGGGACUCUUAUUAUUUCACUGCUGCCAAAGAAUGCGAUAGCCUCAUGCAUAUCUGUUUCGAGAGCUUGGCGACAACGGGCUUUGGAAUCCGCAGCAUCAUGGAAAAUUCUAUCUGUCGACGAGGAACAUGCAGAUAGGCAACUCGCUAGUGUUGUUGGAUAUACAGCGCAUCAUGUCGAGCACUUGACUCUCAACACAUCAAACACAGCUACACGCUCAAAAUACUUUGAGUGCAUGAGAGACUAUAAAUUCAAAAAGUUACAUUCACUUAUAAUGACAGCUCGGGCUACUGCGAAUCUUCGAUCAUACAGUUUCGCUCUAGCAACCGCACUAUGGCAACUACGACCUACUCUCAAGUAUCUCGACUUCAAAUCUGACAGUAGCACAAGCGCAAUCACUUUGGCAGAAGUGUUGCUAGCAUGCAAUAACGUGACGGAUCUGAUCUUUACAACAAAUUCAUCAAUGUCAACCAUGGGAUGCAAUUUUUCGGAUCUGGAAGAAAACUACGCGCUGUCAAACCUGCAACUCAAGUCAAGAUUGAUCACUGGACAAGACAUCCAAGUUCUGCUCCAACGUUGCAGUCAUUUACGGCGGCUUGUUAUAAAUGGAUGCGAGCCAUCAGUCAUGGAGUCUAUUAUCGCACAUGCACACAACCUUGAAAUAUUGGGUUACGAUUCCGAAUGCACGAUUCCUCAACUAAACGACACUGUUGAUGAUGAAGAGGGCCAUCGGCGACCAUUCAACGGAAUAAAAGGCUUGCGCAUGUUAUACGCGAGUGGCAGCGGAGGCACCUUAAUAGAAGCAUCAAGUAUUUUGCCACUCCUGUACAAGAACAGAUUGACAUUGACAACAGUGCAUGCAUCCAUUAGAGGAUUGCAAACAGGGGAGCUCCACCGUAUGCAGUCGACAUACCGUGAUUUCCAUUUUGGAAGUAUCAAAGAACUGACAUUCACCGCAUUCACUGGCGUGCAACAGUUUAUGAUGGAUGGAAUACGGAUCGCAGCGACUUUGGAGCGUUUGGAAGCCAAGCAUGUGCACAAUGUCAAUAGCAUGGUCAACACCCUCAUGGAGCUACCGUCACUUACGGAAUUUGGUCUUUCCCAUGUUGACACCACAUACGGACGCGCGAGCUUGGAGCGUCUAUUCAAGAGAUAUGCCCAACUCGCUGGUGCACCUUUAAUGGCGUCGUCAUCGUUGUCACCGACGCUGCAAUCCAUCAAAUUGCGGUUUUGCGACGAGAUACACGACGACCUACUUGCUACACUAGCAGAAAUCAAGACGCUGCACAAGGUCGAACUCGCGGGUCUAAGAUUUGUCACCACUGGAGGAUUUAAUGAAUUCAUUAGACGCGUAAGCGAUCGCUUGACACAUAUCACGCUUGGCGAGAUGGAUCUGGUGACGGAUAGUUUCAUUAGCACCACCCUCGGCGGUCUCCCGGCCUUGACAUCCAUCGAAUUAGUCGGCCUAAAGAAUGCAACGAACCAAAGUGUUCAAGCUCUUGUUGACAAAGCUUAUCCCAGGUUGAUUGAGCUGAAAGUCAAAAACUGCCCGUCGAUUACUCAGGAGAGUAUCCAAUAUGCCAAGAAAAAAGCGCGCGUUGUUGUACGUGAGUGA